AUGACGGCGCAAACAGUCUCAAUAUGUAAAUUCGUCGGAACAAUCACCCUGGGAAUCGCUACAGGCGUCUCAGCAACCGUCUCCACAAUCGCCCUCCCUGCCCUCCUCGCUCUCCCCACCGCCAUAAACGCCCGAACAUCCCUAGUCUACCUCUCCACCAAAUCCACAAAUCUCUCCUCCUACCUACGCCAUAUAACAACCUUUACCCUCUUCUCCGCGUACUGCUUGUCGCCUAGACGGUUCCGCCAUCCUUAUCUGCUCUACACGUCCAUAUUCUCCUUUGUCUCGGGUCCCGGUAUCGACUAUGCGGUUAGCCUGACGGCAGGUGGUGAUAAGAAGCGUCAAGUAAUGGAAUUGGAGGCUCAGGGCGAUGAGGUCAAUGGCGAGCAGGUUCGGUUGGCGGUCGAGAGGAAGCAGAAGGUUGAGUGGGUUAAGACAAGCUUGGCUGGCGUGGCUUUUGCUAUGCAGGUUGUUGGGCUGUGGGGUGAUGGCGCAUAG